AUUUGCCGCUUGCACUUGUGCAAUUCCACAGAUCCAGCCGAACGAGGAGUCCUGCAGCAGCAGCAGCCCGAUCCUGCACGAACUAGACUCGGAGCCUGCAGUUUGCAUCUUUGUUGUACAACUAGUGAGACAGAGAGGGGAGAGGCAAAGUCUUUUGUGCACCCCUCCCCCAGCCCAGCACAGGAGAGAGACCGAGAGACAGAGAGAGAGAAUGUCUCAGGCGAGAGGCAAGAAGAGAAAUCGAGGGCUGAAAAUUCCAAGGGAAGCAUUUGACCAGCCACAAGUCAGCUCUCCAACGCCACCACGGGACUUGGAUUCUAAAGCCUGCAUCCUCAUAGGAGAAAAGAACUUUGAAGUUAAGGCCGAUGACUUGGAACCAAUAGAAGAGCUGGGCCGUGGAGCCUAUGGAGUCGUGGAGAAGAUGCGCCAUGUUCCCAGUGAGCAGAUAAUGGCAGUAAAGCGCAUCAGAGCUACUGUGAACAGCCAGGAACAGAAAAGGCUGCUGAUGGACUUGGAUAUCUCUAUGCGAACAGUGGACUGCCAUUUUACUGUCACGUUUUAUGGGGCCCUGUUUAGAGAGGGGGAUGUCUGGAUUUGCAUGGAGUUGAUGGACACAUCACUGGAUAAAUUCUACAAGAAUGUGAUUGACAAAGGCCUGACCAUCCCCGAGGACAUACUAGGAAAAAUAGCAGUUUCGAUUGUUAAAGCAUUAGAACAUCUGCAUAGUAAACUGUCAGUAAUCCACAGAGAUGUGAAACCCUCCAACGUACUGAUAAACAAAGAAGGCCAGGUGAAGAUGUGUGACUUUGGAAUCAGUGGCUAUCUUGUUGACUCUGUAGCCAAGACCAUGGAUGCCGGCUGCAAACCCUAUAUGGCUCCUGAAAGAAUAAACCCAGAACUGAACCAGAAAGGAUACAGUGUGAAAUCAGACAUUUGGAGCCUUGGAAUUACAAUGAUUGAAAUGGCCAUUUUGCGGUUUCCAUAUGACUCCUGGGGGACCCCCUUCCAACAGCUAAAACAGGUGGUUGAAGAGCCGUCCCCACAGCUGCCUGCAGACAAGUUUUCUGCUGAAUUUGUUGACUUUACCUCAAAGUGCUUGAAGAAAAAUUCCAAAGAGCGUCCAACAUAUUCAGAGCUUAUGCAACACCCUUUCUUCGUGCUGCAUGAAUCCAUGAACACUGAUGUGGCAUCUUUCGUUAAACGUAUCUUGGGAGAUUAAGUGUCUGCCAUAAGGCCGGUCUCACCUUCUCAUGGACUUUUCCUCUGACAGGUCAUGGAAUGGCUUAAAGUGGCUGCCCUACUUAAUCAAGCACCAGUAGAAAUGCCUCAUGGGACUGGGAAAACUGGACUCGAUAUUUCUUUCUAAUGGCCACUCUUCGCUCCGGAACGUUUUUUUUUCAGCAUGGAAAGAUGUCUAACCCCUAUGCUGCCAUAAGUGCCCUUAUGGCUGUACAGGUGUUACUAUAGAUGCCUCUUACCAAAGGGUGUAACUUUGACUGCUGCCCUAUAGGGUUUAUAUUUAGGUUUCCUAUUCUUUUAGACCUUUUGUAUUGGUUCUAGGUGCUAUUGUAGUUCCUCUUUAAUGGUUUCUUAAUUUUUUUUCCCCUUCCUACUGUUGUUUUGGAGAUAUGCAUCUGUAUUCUGAUUAGCUUUGAUUUUUAUGAAAGGACGUGUGUGUGUGAUAUAAGGGGAGAACCGUGGCAAAUAUUUAUAGGGGUUUGCUGGUGAGAGGGUGAAAUCUUUUGUGUCCGCUAUUAUUUAAGUUUUUUUUGGGUUUCUAAAAUUUUUCUUUGGAAAGAGAAUAGGUAUAUAUGCUGAGAUUAUGACCCGGUCGCACAUAAAUAAGUAGCGUUGGCUCGUUGUUGCUUACUGAAGGACAGGCAGUUGUCCUCUCUCGGCAGAAAUCCAAACAUAGUCUACUAGUGUUAUCUGAAGCCUUAAUAACAAUCUUAAAAAGUUGAAAUAUUUUUUUUUUUCUGUAGAAUAAUCGCGAGGUUCUAUAAUGAUGUUACACCUGAAAGAGAAGAUAAUUAAAACAAAUGACCUCUCCUGUGGUGAGCAGUCCAAUUGACAGUUUGUAGUUACAUACAGCAGGCCCUUCUAUCUCUCCCUUCUUAUUUCAUACACCUUGCUACUUUGGGGCCGAUCAUUUUAUUUGUCAACACAGACUUUCACUGUUACCAGUAACCGUUGAGGUUUCAAUUGAAGUCGAACUCUUCCCAGAGGUCUUCCUCUUUGUAAUUUGCCCCCAUCUUUCUCAUUUUUCCUGUUGGAGGAUUUUGCUUGUGCUUUACUCUUUUUACUUUGUAUUUACAGCAUUUAGAAAUCCUAUAUAUUUUUUCUGGGUUUUUUUCUAAAUUUUUUCCCAUGAAAGGGUCUGCAACUGAUUAGCUCCCCCCCCCCCUUCUACAUCUCCAUGAGGGUGAAUCCAUAAAAACAUCUGAUAAAUUUCAGUUUCUAAUGAAUUACACACACUUUUUUUUUUAAAUUAAUUUAUAACCAUUUUUUUUUUUGCUGCGUGAGGCACCUGCAGGUCAUUGCAAAAGGUAAACCAGUCAUGGUAUCCAUGACAAAUAGAAAUGUUUGUAUUGUGCAGAGGUGAGUUUAUUCAGGGCAUCUAUUUUCGGUUUAGUUUUAAACGUGGCCAUUGUAUGUUGUAUGACUUUUACGGGGUCAACAGUAGAUAUAGGUUAUAAUACUAUAUAUGUCCUUAAUGAGAAAAACAGAGAAAACUAGGAGUAUAUUUCCAAUCCAGUGACAUGUCUUGCAUACCAAUUAUAUUUUUUAAUGUCAAA